AUGGCAUCAAAUAAGUAUGACAUUGCCAUGGGUAUCGGCGGUGAGGCCGGUCAGGGCAUUGCGACCCCGGGUGACAUUCUGGCCCGCAUUUUUGUACGGCGUGGCCUUCACCUCUAUACCUACAAUGCUUACCAGUCCAUCAUUCGCGGCGGCCACAUCUUUCUUACCGUCCGUGCCUCCGACCAGGAAAUCUACAGUCACGGCGACAAACUGGACCUGCUUUUGUGUCUCAAUCAGGACACCAUGGACCGCCAUCUGAACCUUAUGGGGCCAGGUAGCCGGGUGAUUUACAACGGCGAUAACAUCACGCCAGGCGAAGUUAAUGACGGGGUUCAUAUGUGUCCCCUGCCCGUCGGAAACCUGAGCGAGAGCCGCAACCGCCUGGUUCAGAACACCAUCGCCGUUGGCGCCAUCAUGUCCCUGAUGGGUGUGGACUUCGAAGUGCUGGAAGAGAGCCUUUCCCUUCGUUUUCAGCGGCAGGGGCAGAACGUCAUUGACGAGAACGUCCGGGUUGCCCGCGGUGGCUUUGACUACGCUGCCGAGAACUUUGUCCCGUUCUACGACAUUCUCCCCGACGGCGGCAAGCCCCUGGCAGUGUGGGCCGGCAACGAUGCCCUGGCCAUGGGCGGAGCGGCGGCCGGGGUCAAAUUCUACUGCGCCUAUCCCAUGAGUCCGUCUAGCGGCGUACUGCACUGGAUGGCUGCCAACGCCCGAAACCUGGGCAUCAUGGUGCGGCAGGUGGAGGACGAAAUUGGCGUUGCCAACAUGGCCAUCGGAGCGGCCCACGCCGGUUGCCGGGCCAUGUGCGGCACCUCCGGCGGAGGCUUUGCCCUCAUGACCGAGGCCGUGGGCGCGGCCGGAAUGAUGGAAAUUCCGGUGGUCUUUAUUGACGUGCAGCGCGCGGGCCCAUCCACCGGUGUACCCACCAAGACCGAGCAGGGUGACCUGUGGCAGGCGUUAGGCGCCAGCCAGGGCGACUUCGAGCGGUUCAUCGUCGCCCCCAAGGACGCGCUUGACAGCUUCAACACCAUGCCGGAACUGUUUAACCUCGUGGACAAGGCCCAGUGUCCCGCCAUCGUCCUCACAGACCUGCUCAUUGGAGAGGGCCGGUUCAGCGUUGAUCCCGAUGACAUCGACAUGCAUCCGGCCAUCGACCGGGGCCAAUUGAUUACCGAGCCUGCUCCGGCCAAUGGUUACAUGCGGUACGAAAACACCGAAACCGGGGUCUCCCCCCGCGCCUUGCCCGGUCUGCCCGGCUACGUCCACCUGGUGGCAACCGACGAGCAUGACGAGAAUUCGAUGCUGCUCAGCGACGAAUUUACCAACCCGCUCAAGCGUCGCAUGAUGGUGGAGAAGCGGGCCCGCAAGUUCCACGACAUCGUAAAGGAAAUUGCCCCGCCGCAGGUGGAGGGUCCCGCGGAUGCCGAUGUAACCCUGAUCGGCUGGGGUUCCACCGAGGGCGUAAUCAGGGAAGCCCGCCAGUUGCUCGCCGACCGCGGCGUCUCAGUCAACCAGUUGGCCAUCAAGUGGAUAAUUCCCUUCCACGUCGAUGCGGUUACACAAAAUAGUUAA